CCAAUACCUGAUAAUUAAAAAGAAAAAAUUUCCAUUUAAGGUCGCUCUUCUGUGGAUUUUCUGUUGCCCGUGAGGACGAACAGUCGCAGUGGUCGAUAUUUAAGAUCACAAUAAAAUGCCAUCGGAACCAUGUAUCUACAAAUCACCCCACGACAGGGAUCCAAGCCUUUUGCCAGAAUUGGGCAUCGUCGAAUACUUGUUGAAAAAGCUAAAGGAAAACGGCCGUGCCAAAACUGACGUCGUUUGGAUGGCAAAUGCCUCAACUGGAGUAAAGGUUUACUUUAAGGAUGUUGAGAGCAAUUCUAAGCGCGUGGCCAGCGCGUUGACCCGACUUGGUUUCAAAAAUAAAGACGUUCUUUAUUACGCAACUUAUGAAACGGCAGUCCUGUAUUUAAUCCAUAUAGGAGUCUGGAGAUUGAACGGCGCUGUCCGAGGCGGAUUCCAAAAAGAAGCGCCAGAAGAGUACGCUCGCCAGAUGAAAGAAGCUAAGGCGCGCUUUGUGUUGGUGGACAAGGAGACGUACCCACUCUUGCAAAAGACAGUCAAAAUCAUGCCCUGGCCAGUGAAGAUCAUUUCUUUUGAUGAUGUUGGCAAGCCAGAAGUUGCGACUGUUAAAUCACUCAUCGAGGAUGACGGCUUAGCUAUGCCUGAGCGCGUUGAAAUCAACCCAAAAGAAGACAUAGUUUGCAUCCCAAAUACAAGCGCAAGUACUGGCCUUCCAAAAGGCGUUUGCCAUACGCACUUUACCUUGAUGGUGCAAGGAUAUGACCCAAAGUCAGUUGAUAUCUUCAAGUUUCCCCUCAUGACUCCCAUGAGCAAUUACGCCGUGGGAAGCUUCAUGGCCACUUGCAACUCACUCGCCAACGGCAUGACGGUUUACCAUCUUGGCAAAUUUGAAAAAGAAAAGUACUUUGAACAAUUGGUCAAAUUCAAACCUGGAAAUUGUCUCAUGUAUCCGUUUUUGGCAAACUGGUUCAUCCGGAGCGAGGAGCUUGACAAAUACGACCUAAGCUUCCUACAAUUGGUCACAAUAUCAGGCUCAGUGCUAGACCCGGCUACAGCCGAACUGAUCAACGCAAAAUUGCCUAAUUUGCGCAUUGCUAUGUUCUAUGGAAUGUCCGAGUGCUUCAUAAUGACCAGCACUGAGGUUGACACAACAGAGGAUACGCCGCGCAACAGGAAAAAUCCAAUCAAAGAAAACCAAGGGGAGUUCUGCGUAUCUUCUGGAAAACUGGCACCAUAUACACUGGCAAAGGUUGUUGACGUCAGCAGUGGAGAACUGUUAGGAACAAAUGAGAGAGGCAUUCUUUAUUUCAAAACGCCCAUGCUCAUGAAAGGCUACCUCAGGGAAGGCCACGAAAAGCCAGUUUUACCAGAGGAUGUGACAGCCGACGGGUGGAUCAGAUCAGGAGAUAUUGGAUUCUUUGAUGAGGAAUCUAACAUUUACGUGCUGGAGAGAACUAGCUUCAUAUUUAAAUACUACAUGUUCUUUGUGUCCCCUACCGAGAUCGAAAACACUAUCAAGCUUCACGAGGACGUUUUUGGAAGUGGGUGUUGUGGACAUUCCAGACCCCAAGUGCACCAGCGUGGCGCGAGCAUUUGUCCGCCGAAAAGCAAAAGCGACCUGCACCGAAGCGGAACUUGUGCAAUUCGUGGCCCAACGUCUGCCAGAACACAAGCAACUGCACGGGGGUGUUCAAUUUGUUGAUAAAUUACCCGAAAGUAAGGGAAACAAACUGGACAGGAUGGCCCUCAAGAAAUUAGCACUUGCUGAAUAUUAACUUUUUUCUUAUUUAGUUUCAGUUCUUACGUCCAAAAUAACUAAACUAUUAUGCGCUAUUAUGUUUAAAAAAUUAAAUUACGUUUAAACAAUUUUAAUAAUAAUUAAAGAGUAUUUUAGUAAAUAAAAUCCGUAAAAUCCCAUGCAACACCAUGUUAAUUUAAUUAAGAUUAAGAAAAAAAUUAAUAUUGAAUUUUUUAUGGUUAUAUUAUUAAUUGUAGGCAACCUGCGCUACAGCCAAGUUCCUCAGGUUGCAUAUUUCCCUUACAAGAGGGGCAUUUAUAUUGCUGUUUUAUUAUUAUUAUUAUUUUUUUUAAGGGUCAAGCCAAGACGGAGUCUUGUCAACCUGUGCAGAAGGAACCACGCAAUUAUAUCUUUUAUUACGAGUUUUGUUUUGUGUUAAUGAACUUUUUUUAUAAUCAAGUAUCACUUAUUACAAUGUUAGUUUGGCGGCCACUUGAUGAUGCUGAAAGAUGAUGAAUAUAUUUGAUUUCGUUUCCUUUUGCAAAUUUUGUCAGUAGUGACAAUGAUAAAUAUUAAGUUUUAACUGACAAAAAAGCCCCUUAUUAAAUCAAAUCAUCACAAUAAAUAAACAAAAAUACCCCAAAUUGAUUUAAGAUUGGAGCUUCCCUUCUCUGCUGCAAGCCCAGAAAAGGACACUUGAUAAGAAAUAUUGAGCAAAACAAGAAUGUUGGUUCUUUACUUAAUGUGAUAAGAAGAGGUGCCAUCAUCGCAAAUUAUUCCAUGCCUUUUAUCUCUGUAUGACUUCAAGGGUCAACUUUUUAGCAAGAUUUUUUACACGGUUUUAUUCGCAAAGAGCCUGAAUUCUAAACUAAAUAACUCUCAAGAAACAUCAUCAGCCAAAAUUAAACUGAUCGCUCUUUGACGCGCAAUUUUAUUUCGCGUUGCGGUCACAAGGGCACGCCCGAGUUUGACUUUCUCAAUUAAGCCGUUAGUCGAGAUAAGAAUUCCUUCAAAGAGGAUUGCUUUGCACUGUUUUAGAACUGAACAUUAG